GUGCACUCCCCCUUUCCUUGUUCUCCUAUAACCCACUCUCCCUACCGCCAUAAACAAACAAACCCAAUUCAGAACACAGGCACAUACGGAACCGAAAAUGCAAUAGCGAUGACAAUAAUGGCAGCAUCAAGAACAAAAACGUUGUGUUUCACCGGCCACCAAAUCGGUCUUCUCAUUGUGCUGGCCAUCCUUGCUUCGCCGGCGAGCGGGAAGAUAAGCGACGCAGCAGAGAAUUUUGAAGCGAAGGGAUCGGAAGGGCCGCAAGACGCCGGAAAGGCGUCAGAGUCAUGGGCCGAUUGGGCUUAUGGCAAGCUGCAAAAGGGAUUGGGGUGGCCGCAUGAGAACACGGGGAUGGCGGCAAAGAAUGUUCAGGACAAGGCUUUCCACGCAAAGGACAAAACAACGAACAAGGCUGGCGAUGCCAAGCAACAAAUCAAGUCUACGGCCGGAGAAGCCCAAGAAACACUCCACAGCAGAGCAGACGACGCCUACGCCGGCACUAAGAAGACGUCCAAACGAGCAGGCGAUGCGGCUGACAAGGCUUACGAUGAAGCCAAGCAGAAGGCAAGUGAAGCCUAUGAAUCUGCAAAGGAGUCGAUGAGCACUGGCGCGAAGCGUGCUUACGAGGCUGCGAAAGAGAAGGUGUCGCAAGCUACAGGGGAUUUGGGCGCUGCAAUGACGCCAGAUGAACUUUGAAGAGGACAUUGAUUUUGAUUACUUAGAUCGUGUAAGCUUCCAUCUUAUCUAAUUGGAAAGGCUUGCGAAGACCUUAUGGUAGCUUGUUUCUUUUGCUGAUUUUUUUUAAUCUUGGU